CUCUCAGCUGAGUUCUAGAACGAGCGGGAAUCGCGCGGUGGGGAGAGGGAGCGUUCGGAAAGCGAAUGUGGAGACAAUGGCGACUUGUUUUGUGUCCAAGGGGUGUUUUGUUUUCAAGCCAAAAGACUCCAAAAAGAGAAAGAUAUCUGUCACAGCUGACUCCUUUAUUAAAGGCAAAGCUGUUUCCGAGAAUGACAGGUUGCGGUUUAGUACUUAUGUGUCACUAUGGCAACAGAUGAAAGAGGAAACCGAGAGUUUGCAAGAGAAUUUAAAUGAGAAGAUAUUUGAUAAUUUAUUAUCAUUUAUUAAAAAAUCCAACAUUCAACUUCAUUCAAAACAAAAUGAUUGGAGCUACCGGAUGCGGUGUAGUGAGAUUCCCGCAGCAGCAGUUGUUCUGGGUGUGAAUGUGCCUGACCACGAAAUGACAUUUCAAAACUUAUCAGACCUCUUGAAACAGUCGCUUACCCCCCAUGUGGUUUGUCUGCAGGGCAAGGAAUGUACAACUGUGAAGCAUGUUUUGCAGAAAGUUCUGAUAAACCUCAUGGGUGGCACUGUGAAUGAUGAAGAGGAAGAUGAGGAGGGUGUGCACCAUUCUGUUCACUUCUCCCAGAGAAAAAUGCACUGCUCCAUGGCCUCCCUUGCUGGAUGGUACAGUGCUACCACACAGAAAUCUACCUCAAACAGCCCAUCUAAAAAGAGGAAAUCCCCUUCCCUUGGACAAGAGCAGUCCCCUCCCAUUGUCAUCAUCUUCAAAGACCUUGAGAGCUUCCUACCUAAAGUGCUGCAGGACUUCAUCGUCAUCAGCAGUAACUACAUCCAACAACUUCCACUCGUGCUGGUUUUUGGAAUUGCCACAUCUCCAAUUACUCUACACCGAAUGCUGCCCCAUGCAGUUUCCUCGUUGCUCUGCAUUGAACUGUUUCAGUCACUUUCCUGCACUGAUCAUUUGACUACAGUUAUUGAUAAGUUGGUGCUGACGACUAAAUUCCCAUUUAAGUUGAAUGGAAAAGUACUUCAGGUCCUGAUCAGCAUAUUCUUGUACCAUGAUUUUUCUGUAAGGAAUUUUGUUAAAGGUUUACAGCUAUCUCUGUUAGAACACUUCUACUCCCACCCUCUUAGUCUUCUGUGCUGUACACCAGAUGAAGCCAAUGCCAGGGUGCAGAAUCUUACCCAUGAUGACUGUGAACUAAUCCGUCAAGUGCCAUCUUUUAUGGGGUAUGUUGAUCAUCAGGACUCUGAGAAGCAGGUUAAACUUUUGACUAACGACCAAUAUUUAAAGGAUGAUGUACAGAAGCUGCUGACAGACCUUCACAUUUACCACCAGAAUUACUUCCCAAUUCUGAAAUGUCUGCAUGUUUCCACAUCGUCUCUUCCAAAAUAUCCUUUAGGUAAACAGAUCAGGGAACUCUACAUCACAUGUUUAGAGAGGAACAUAUGGGAAACUGAGGAGUACAGCUCUGCCUUCCAACUACUCGGAAUGAUGGCCAAAGAUGAGUUGGUAUGUCUGCUUCAGAAAUGCAUGGAAGUGUUAAAGUCUUUCAAGCAACAGACAGCUAUCACUGAAGCAAUGCAGAAGCUGGAAGAAUUCCUCACAAACUUUCAGAAACUGGAUGACGUUGCUGCUGUGGCAGAGGUCAAAGAAAAUGAAGAUCAGAAAACGUCACCACGGAAAUCAUUACAAGAAAAGACUGACCUUUAUCAACUCCAAAAGACCUUGAUGGAAAUGAAGAAAUCAAGAAGAUCCAAGAAACUAAGCCGGUUUGAAGUACUGAGGAAGGAAGUUCUUGAAUUUCUGGACAAACUUGUAAGACAAUACCUUUUGCCACCAGAGACUCAGCCACUCCAUGAAGUUGUAUAUUUCAGUGCUGCUAGCACAAUUCGUAGACACUUAAAUGCUGCACCUCGCACUGCCUUGCAAACAGCUUUAAGUAACCCAUACUACUAUCUACAGAAUGACGUCUUGAGGAGUGAGGGAGGUUCCAUUACCAAUACGGCACCCGAUAUAUGUAUAGUCUAUAAACUUCACCUGGAGUGUGGACGGUUGAUUAACCUAUACGACUGGUUGCAGGCAUUUGUUACAGUGGUUAGUGCUGCAGAGGAGAAGGACCCAGACAAAAUGAGUAACGGACAGGUGGAUGAAGUUCUGCAUGCUCGUUUUAUUCGAGCUGUUUCUGAGCUGGAAUUCUUGGGCUUUAUUAAACCAACCAAACAGAAGACUGAUCAUGUAGCAAGGCUAACGUGGGGUGGCCUCUGAUCACAACCUCAAAAGCCUUGAAAUGUCAUCCUCCCUGUUUCAUUAGAUAUUUUGUGCUAGAACUGGAGAAUGUGAUCCUAAAUAAACAUAUUGGUAGCAUGUGUGCUACAGUACAAUGUGAUCAUUUUACAUUGACUGAUAAAAUGCCUAUUUCAGAUGCAUUGUUGGAUGUUAUAAAGACAUUGAUCUUUA